GCGUCUUCAGGCUGGUGGGCUUCUGCGCUCCCGUUGCAUUGUGGGAUUGGCUGGCAGCGGGCGGAGGUGGACCUUGUGCAGCGGCAUCUGCGUCCAACUGCAGAAAUCCACGGACUCACUCUCGGGGUGUACGUGAAGGUUAUCCGCCAUGUCGUCCAUGCUGAAAGUUGUCGGCAAACAGCUGAAGAACCACCCAGCUCUCAUUCCCCUGUUUAUCUUUAUUGGUGGCGGAGCAGCAAUGAGCAUGAUGUAUUUGGGAAGACUGGCUCUAAAAAAUCCAGAUGUUUCGUGGGACCGCAAAAACAAUCCUGAGCCCUGGAACAAGCUGGAGCACAAUCAGCAGUACAAACUUUUUGCAGUCAACAUGGACUACUCCAAACUGAAGAAAGACAGGCCAGAUUUUUAAGACGCCGUGCCUCCUGUCACCUGCGUGGGAAAUCAAAGCCUUUGCACUUUUUUUUUGGCAAAUGCAAAGACAUGUGAGAGGACAGAAGAAGGCUCCUUUAAUGGCUUGGUUCUGGUGUGAGAAUGGGGGGAAUAUCUCUAUCUUGGUUUAAAUAAAACAGGCUACCACCUGUUUACCAGAAUGAAUAAUUUAUGGGUUCUAUUGCUUUUAGUGUUGUAAGUUAUUAAAAACAAUACAAUCACCUUC